AUGUAUCUAAUUAUAGCUAAAUUACAUUGUGCAAUUGGUGAUUGCUCGAAUCUUGUUGUCAUAUCUGAUCGCAAUGUUAGCAUACAACAUGGGUUGCGUAGAGUUUUUCCUGGGGCAAGCCAUGGUAUUUGCUUUUAUCACUUGAAGGGCAAUAUGAAAGCCUCAUUUCACUUGAAGCAACGGGAUCCGAUAUUGGGGUAUUUUAUAAGGGCAGCGAAGUCUUAUCGUCUAGCGGAGUUCAAUCGUCACUUCUCGAUGAUAAACAAUGAGCGAGUGCGAAAUUAUCUACUACGUGCAGGCGUUGAGAAGUGGUCACGGGCCCACUGUGAUGGACGACGCUAUAAUGUGAUGACAACGAAUAUUGUGGAGUCCAUUAAUUCAGUUCUUCGUUUUGCAAGGAUGCUUCCGGUCCUACACUUGAUCGAUGAAAUCACAAAUUUACUUCUCACUUGGUUUAGUGAACGUCGAGAUUUAGCAAUGAAAUGUCAUUCUACAUUGUGCCCUGAUUUGGGUGAACAGAAGUUAAGGAAGAGGUUAGACGCUGCGUCAAGGAUGAAUGUGGUCAAAAUCAAUGAUGUUGAGUAUAAUGUUCUGGAUGGUGAUUUGAACGGUUUGGUGCACUUGGCAAACCGUAGUUGUACGUGCAGGAAGUUUGACUUGGAGCAACUCCCGUGCAAGCAUGCUAUUGCGGUAUGUCGGCACUUGAAUUUGAACCCCUACUCCUUUGCCUCUUCUUAUUAUACACGAGCUACAUGGGCAGCUGCAUAUGCUGAAUCUAUUUAUCCUGUACCACCUAAAGGCACAUGGGUUAUUCCCGAACAUUUGAACAAUGUCAAAAUCCUUCCUCCUGUUUAUUGUACAGUUGUUCAGUUUGUACCUCAGUUGUCAUCAACUGUGAAGUUCAUGAAUAGGUUCGGUGAUGCUGCAGGAAGGAAGUCCGUCAACUAA